AUGGGCAGCAAGAAAAAAUCCCCGUGGAGGAAAACUACUUGCUCGCAGAAACGUCGAUUUCCACUCAGUGAAUUAUCAAAACAGAAAGCUAUCCUCCGCAAUGAAUAUUUAUCAAAAAGUAAGGAAUUGUGUUCAUUAAAAAAGAAAAUCCAGGGGCUCCAAGAGAAGAGUGAUAAGGUACAAGAAUGUAUCAACUCUCUUGACACAACGCUCCCAGUUCAACCCCGUAUAAGCGCCUUUGAAAUUUCAAAAAAUACCUCCACCAGACGAAAAAAGGAUCCCUCUGAACUUUCUAAUGAAGGUAAACUGAACUUGCCUAGACGAAGUGCCCAGAGAAGGCAGUUGGAAACCUUACAGGCUGCUGCAGAGAUCAGUGGUGGUACAGUAGAGAACAAAGGUCCUGCUCUUGAUGGUAUGAUAUCUACUGUUUUGAAGUAUGGCAAAAUAACUGAUAUUACAAAAUAUUUCUGCUCGUCCAAAAAAAUGAAAAAAGCAGCUCUGGUGAAAAUAAAGGCAGAGACAGAACGUUAUGAAAAAAGCAAUGAAAAUUUUAUCUGCUCACUUCCCCUGCUCUAUGCAGGAGGGAUAAUAGGAAAAGUGAAAUAUGAGCAAGGGAGGUCUGCCCUUGUGAUGAAGCACACUGAGAAGACCACCAAGAAAGGAAAUCCCUCCAAGCAAAGAUUUACAUUUGGCUUUGGAAUCCCUAUUCCAAGACCACUUGCUUACAAGGAUUUAAUUCACAAAAUUGCAGAAAUUGAUAUUGGAGAACUUAUUUCUGUAAGAGAAACCUUGUGUGCUACCUUAACCCCCGAACAGAAGGUUGCUGGUGUGUACAGAGACUUGGAAAAAAUGCUUCUCAUCCUGAGAAAAUUCUAUCUGGAAACAGAUCCCAUGAGAAAGGACGAUGAAAGACUGUCUUGGUUUGGUAAGAAGGGUGCUUUCAAAGUAGCAAUAGGUGGUGACGGUUCCCCCUUUGGUAAAUAG